CAUGUUGUCAACAGCUCCCUCUAGUGGUAGAAGCUCUUUAUGUGGGGUUUUGACAGUUUUUUUGCCCUGCACUCUACGUCAACCCAGGCAAAGCGAGAAACAUCCGACCAGUACUGAUCCUUUAACACUGAUUUACUUGGAGUUGAAGGGGUAGGACAUACUGAGGUCCUGCUUUUAGUAUCAUCGUUCCACAGCACACAGAAAGCUUCUCAAACUCUGCAGCUGAAGCUCUUUAUGUGAAAACAUGAAUAUGAGUACGGAUGAUCUGGAUGUGAACAGUGGAAUUGACUAUGACCCAAACAUCACCUAUGACUAUCCAGGGGAUGAGUCUUUUGUGAAAAGAGGGAGUGAGGCAGUGUGGGUCCCUGCUCUGUAUGCCAUAGUGUUUUUUGUUGGCAUACUGGGAAAUAUCAUUCUCCUGACAGUUCUGGUUCAAAAGAGGAGACUGUGGAGCCUAUCGGACACCUUUAUUCUCCACCUGAGUAUCGUGGACAUCCUCCUCCUGUUAAUGCUGCCCUUCUGGGCUGCACAGACAACUCAGCUUUGUGACUGGUUUUGGGGAAUUUUGAACCGGGUCUUUGGGGUCGUUUUCAAGCUCAACUACUACUGUGGGAUCUUUCUGCUGUUUUGCAUCAGUCUUCAAAACUACCUCUCUGUCAUCCAUGACAUCCAGUUGUAUUCCCACGGGAGGCGCUGGUUAGUUCAUAUCAGCUGCCUGUUAGUCUGGCUUAUCUCUGUCCUCCUCACUGCACCUGACUGGAUUUUCCUGGUGGGUAAAAAUAAUUACACAGAAGAUAAUACUUGUGUUAAUAUCUACCCUCAAUCUGGAACUGACUGGCAGUUGUGGUCACGCCUACUCCACCACAUAUUUGGCUUGGUGCUACCUGCAUUCAUGCUGAUGAUCUUCUUACAUAUGCUAUGGUGGCAGUGCAGCUCUAAUGGGGCCCGAAUGCAGAGAAAUAGCAGCGUCAUCCUGUCUCUGGUGGUUGUAUUCUGUCUGUGUUGGAUGCCGUACAACUUCAUACUUGUUUUGGACACUCUCCAGAACAGACUUCAGAAACAUCCUAACGAUUCACAUGAAAGUUCUGAAGGUUCACUAAAAACACUUCUUGUGGUCGCCUCUGCUCUAGGCUGCCUUCACGCCAGCCUGAGGCCUCUGAUGUAUCUCGGCCUGUGUGGAAACUUCAGGCAACACUUACUGGCCAUGCUGAGAUGUAAUAAAAUUGAACCAAAAGGCUCACUCUGGGAUCUUGGUGUAGGCCAGAGACAGCAGCCUGAUCAACAGCAAGAGCUGAAACAGAUGACGGUUGUAGAGAAUCCGUUAGCUUAUUGAAGAUGAGCAGAGAAACAUGCUCUCUUCUGACUCAGAUCUGAGCAGCAUGUUGUUUCACUCCUGAGAGGAUGUGAAUUCAAUCUCAUAUCAAGGCAUGGAGGACUUUAUUCUGUGUAACUGACAAGUAGAUAUUUAUCUACAAAAACUACUUUCACAUUUCACUAUAAUGCUAAGGUUGUGGAGAUCCAUCAUGGUGACACAUACUCAUCCAAAAGCACAAAAUGUAUAUCUUUCUUAUUAUUUUAAAUAAAAAUAUAUAGUUUUUUUAUCAAUAGUGAAAUAUCUGUGUUGUUAGUGAACUGAUUUCAACACAUUUAUCAUUAAGCUAAUGCUGUAAUCAUUGAAAGUCGAUAUAAUGCAAACUGUUAUCUGUGAUAGUAUUAUUGACUUCUUACAUUAAACACAUAAACACAUUUUGUAACUUUAUUGCCAUAAACAUAGUUUCAUGUUUCUUUUUAUGUCAUUGGUGGGCAACUCCAGGCCUCGAGGGUCGGUGUCCUGCAGGUUUUAGAUAUCACCCUGGGUCAACACACCUGAAUCAAAUAAUUAGUUCAUUACCAGGCCUGUAGACAACUUCAGGACAUGUUGUGGAGGUAAUUUAGCCAUUUGAAUCAGCUGUGUUGGAUCAAGGACACAUUGAUCCAACACAGUGGCCAUAAUUUCAGCAUCACAUGUCAUUUACUUUCUUGCAGUAUGCACUGUAAAAAAUCUCUCUGCAUGACGUAUAUAUCUCUAAUAUAUAUUCUGCGGAUUUGUUUUGUUGUUACUUGUUUCCAUAUAUACGAAAUGUAGCAAAUAUCCAUAUUGAUUUUUUAUCCAUAGUGAUGUUGUUAUAGUUUGUUUUAAAUAAAGCAUUUUUGAAGCACAAUGGAGACAUGUUAAAAUGAACUGUGCAUAGUAAAUCUGAAUUUUGAAAGAUGUUUUCACUUUUACGACGCUGACUGUAUGAAGAGUUUUUAAAGACAAAAUUUAAUUAUAUAAAAAAAAAGCAUUUUGUCUAUGAAAAUAAAUUUAGCCUUUAGUAUUGUAAGUAAAAUCCUCACCUGAUGAUACUUUCCAGGAAUAUUCCAACUAUGAAGGGUAUAGUUCAGGGUGGGAUCCACAUCCCCUGGAAAUCCUGUUAUAUUUAAAAGGAUGUCUAAAAAUGAACA